UUCAUUGCUUCGUAGAUUCUUUGCGGUCUCGCGUGUGACUUCGCCUUGUGCUCAGUGCUUAUUUUUAUAUGGAAGAAAAUAAUAAAUAAAAGAAAUAGUUAGACCAGUGAGUGGGAUAAUAUUUUGUUUUCAAAAUAUUAAUAAAAUAACCGCUUCGAUUACAUUCGAAUUCAACAUCGACAGAAAUAACCCAACUUGGACGUUAAACGAAAAAUAUUAAAGUUGAAAAUUUAAAUUUUCUCUAACAACAAACGAGGAUAUCCGAGAGAAAGAAAAAAUCAGUUAAAGUGCAGUUUCGAAUAAUUUCCAAGUGAAACAAAACCUAAAGUAGUAUUUUGUGAGUGCGGAAGAGUGAUUGGGAAAUUUUUAGGUAUUUUCCUUUUGAAAAUUUAAAAAGCCUGAUAAAGUUGAGAUAAACGAAACCCUUGUGAGAGGAGACACAAAGUAGUUGCACACACUUUUUUCUAAACAAAUUUUGGAUAUAGUUUUUUUUUAACUCUAAAAUUUUACAUCGAAUUUUUUUCGAAAUUAAAAGAAACAAAAUAAAAGGAAGUUUAUAACGUCUUUUGACCAAUAAGAAUUUCUUCAGAAACAAAAUAUAUCUACAAAUAACAGAUAAAGAUUUAGGCGAUGGGUGAAUUAGAAGAAAAAGAAACACCUCCAACAGAACCACAAUCACAUGAUCAUCAUCCCGAAGCUGAAGAACCUAAAGAAACUGACAAAAUGCUCGAACAAAAAAAUACAAAAAUUGCAAUAGAAGAUGCGUUGACAAAACGAAGAAGUCCCACACCAGAAAAAGAAAAGAAGACUCCCAAUGGCGAGGAAAUAAUCAAUAUACCCGAGGGAGCAGCAGGAGCGGGUGGCGGCGGCGGCGGAGAUGAUAAAACAAAUAAUUCUUCAAAUGACAUCGAAAAUAAUAAACUCAAUCCAGUCACAAAGGAGGGCCGAGAAGUAAAACCAAAGAAAAUCCCUAUCGGUGGCAUCAAAAUGCCAGGAUUUUUUACGAAAGCAAAGCCACGUGGUGAUGGGGAUGGUGCUGAAGGCGAGCUAUUAGAAAAGGAGCCCAAGGAGACAUCGCCAACGAUUGAAGAGAAACCCAUCAAGAGCGAUGAGAAACAAAGACCCGGUUUGGGUGACAGAAUUAGAAGUUUCUUUGUGCGAAAACCUAAACCAUCCGCUGAUGACACAGCCAAAAGUGAUUUAACUGCUGAAGCAGCUGAUGAAAAUAAUGGACCACCGCAAAAGCGCGGACUUUUGAAUGCAAUCAAACUCCCAAUUGCCAAUAUGAUUCCAAAGAAAAAGACUGACGACGACGUCGAACUCGGCAAUGGUCCAGGCACCAAAGCUGGACUAGCUUCAAUGGAAACCUUAGAUGAUUCGUUGAAAGACCAAGAUACCGUCGAUAAAGCACCAACAAAGAAAGACGAUGAUGUUAGUAAAAUGAAGGGAAGCCAAGAGAUUAAAACUGAGAAAUCCGAAGAGGAAGAAGAAGUAAUCUCAUGCUUCGAUCGUAUUCGGUCAUAUCGUUGCUCUGUAGAUGAUGCUCUUAUAACACUGGGAAUCCUGCUCAUAGUGGUUAUGCUCGCCGUCAUAGGCUAUGUAUUAUCCAGUGACUCACAAUCAUCUCCACCUCUGAGAGAGGGCCGUUAUAUCGACGCUGUCACAGGAUGUGGCAUGGUUGAGGGCUUGAAAGAAGACGGAGCAUUCGCUUUCCGAGGUAUUCCCUACGCACUGCCACCGAUAGGCGAGAACCGAUUUAAACCGGCCCAGCUUAUCGAGGGUAUCGACGAUUGCUGGAAUGGAACAUUAAAAGCCCACAAUGCCACAGAAGUUUGCUCCCAAAUGCUCAGCAAUUCAACAAUCGUUGGUGUAGAAGACUGUUUGACAUUGGAUGUUAUCACGCCUCACAUUCGCUAUGACAAUCCUCUGCCAGUUGUUGUGCUCAUUGGUGCUGAUUCAUUCACUGGUGGUUCACCAGGAAUUCUUAGACCAUCUGCAAGGUAUGCCCGCUCACAUGAUGUCAUCUUUGUUCGACCAAACUUCCGAAUGGGUGUAUUUGGUUUCCUAGCUCUGGAUGUGCUCACUAAAGAUGCAUACCCAAGGACGUCGGGAAAUUAUGCCCUUACUGAUAUUGUUGCUGCUCUAAAUUGGAUUAAACUGAACAUUGCUCACUUUGGAGGCGAUCCAAAGUCUGUGACACUGUUCGGACAUCGAGCUGGAGCAACGAUGGUAUCAGCGUUAGUUACGUCUCGUAAAGUAAAGAAUUUGUACACUCGCGCCUGGGUAACAUCUGGUUCGGCGGUAAUGCCGGGUCGUGGUCUUAUGGAAUCCGAACGACGCAAUCAGGAUUUCUUAAAUCAAAUUCAAUGCACUGAGAUCAAAUGUCUUCAAAAUGCUACCGUAAAUGAAAUAUGGCAAGCUACUCCAGAUACCUGGUUGCACUUCCCCGCUGAUCUGCCUGGCAAGGAUGAAAACACCACCGCCCGUCAUGAGUGGCUUGUUCUUGACGGAAACAUUCUCCAGCAACAUCCAGCUGACAUUUGGAAGGAACAAAUUUCCGGAAAACCAAAACUUGUCAUGGGAACAACAGCACAUGAGAGUCACACCGAAAAGCUCCGCAUGCGUCACUCGAACUGGACAGAGGAAGAAGUUCGCAAUUUCAUCGAAAACACCAAAAUCGGGGCCCUUAAUCUUACUGACGAAGCUAUUAAACGAUACAAUGCCACCUAUCAAGGUCUUGUUGCAAUGAUCUCGGACAUCAGAACAAUUUGUCCUCUAUUGACGAAUGCCCGACUCCAGCCCACCGUACCAUUCUAUGUUGCCACACAAGGAGAGGGUCCUGAUGGCCUGGCAAAGGUUGAUGUCGAUGUUCAAGCGAUCUUAGGACGCUAUGAGCCACAUACAGUUGAACAGCGAAGGUAUGUCUCAUCCAUGCAACAGCUUUUCUAUUAUUAUGUCUCACAUGGUGAGAUCCCGCAAUAUAAUCAAGGAAAGCGAGUGUUGAAUAUGGGACAGGACCCCCUCUCACAGGAGGACUACCCUAAUUGCAAUUUCUGGAUCAGCCACGACAUAGUGCCGCGGUAUGCGCGAAUCGAUUAGACAUUUUCUCAAUAAUGUUCUCUUCCUCAACUCUCUUCUAUCCCGCUCUCAUUAGGCUCUCUUUAAAAAAAUAAUUUUUAAAGUUAUUAAAUAUUAAAAAAAAAUAUAUAAAAUCCAAAAAAAAUCGUACGGACACAAAAAAAGAAAACAAAAUAUUUUAUACUAAAUAUUAGCAUUUUGAAACUGUAUUUAAACUUUUUAUGUAUUUAUAUUUAAUUAAGGUUUUUUACUUUUAUAGUUUCUUAGAUCUUAGUUUUUUUUAUAUACGUGGUAUAAAAAAAUUGUCGUUCUAUUUAAAAUUUUUAAAAAUAAUAAAUGGUUGACUAAAGUGUAUAAAAAAAUUAAAAUAAUAAUAAAAAAAAAAAACAAAACAGUGAAAUGUUUAAACAAAAUAUUAUUAGUUAAAAAUUAAAUAAAAACAAAUUAAUCUUUUUUUUUAAUUAAAAAGAAAAUGAUAUAUGUGUAUAACGGAGGCAAAAACUUUUAUAACUUUAAUGAAAUUUGAGACUGGCUUCGUUAAAAAAAAAUUAAUAUAAAUAUUUAAUAUUUUAAUAAGAUUUGUUUUUUUUUGUUAAUAAAAAAACAUCAAAAACAACGUGAAAAUAAAACGCAUUUUUUCAUUUAAAAUCUAAUGUCAAAUGUCUUUAAAUUUUUGUGUAUUCCAUAAAACAAAAGAAUACAUUCUUGUUAAACAAUAUCAAACAACAUUUAAUUUUAAUAAUAACCAUAUUGCAUUUUUCAAAAUAAAUACAAAAAGAGACAGGCAUGAAAAUGAACAAUUUACGAUAUACAUGACAACAAUAAAAGUAAUUUUUAUGUAUGUAUAAUAUUAUCUUUAAUAAAUUAAAAUAAUAUGAAAUGAAAAA